AUGUAUGAUAACAUGGGCGAGUACUCGAGAGCACUUUCAUAUUACGAAAAAACACUUGAUAUCCACCAGAAAGCUCUUCCUCCGAAUCAUCCCGACUUGGCUUCUGACUACAACGACAUCGGUGCGGUGCAUUAUAAGAUGGGGGAGUACCCGAAAGUACUUUCGUAUUACGAACGAUCACUUGAAAUUCGAAGAAUAGCUCUGCCUCCGAAUCAUCCCGAUUUGGCUACUUCAUACAACAACAUCGGUGAAGUGUAUAAAGAUAUGGGUAACCGCUCGAAAGCACUUGAAUUUUACGAAAAAGCACUUAAAAUUAGAGAAAAAGCUCUACCUCCGAAUCAUCCCGAUUUGGCUACGUCGUACAACAACAUCGGUGAAGUGUAUAAGAACAUGGAUGACUACUCGAAAGCACUUGAAUUUUACGAAAAAGCACUUAAAAUUAUAGAGAAAGCUCUGCCUCCGAAUCAUCUCGAUUUGGCUAUUUCUUACGGCAACAUCGGUCUAGUAUAUAACAACAUGAAUGACUACUCGAAAGCACUUGAAUUUUACAAAAAAGCACGUAAAAUUAGAGAAGAAGCUCUGCCUCCGAAUCAUCCCGAUUUGGCUAUUUCUUACCGCAACAUCGGUCUAGUAUAUAACAACAUGAAUGACUACUCAAAAGCACUUGAAUUUUACAAAAAAGCACAUCAAAUCUAUGAAAAAGCUCUAUCUUCGAAUCAUCCCGAUUUGGCUACGUCGUACAAUAACAUCGGUGGAGUGUAUAAAGAUAUGGGUGACUACCCAAAAGCACUUGAAUUUUACGAAAAAGCACUUAAAAUUAGAGAAAAAGCUCUGCCUUCGGAUCAUUCCGAUUUGGCUAUUUCUUACGACAACAUCGGUCUAGUGCUUAGCAACAUGGAUGACUACUCGAAAGCGCUUGAAUUUUACGAAAAAGCACUUAAAAUUAGAGAAAAAGCUCUGCCUCCGAAUCAUCCCGAUUUGGCUACUUUAUACAACAACAUCGCUGGAGUGUAUCGUGGCAUGAAUGAUUACACAAAAACACUUCAAUUCCUAGAGAAAGCGCAUAAAAUAAGAGAAAAAGCUCUUCCUCCGAAUCAUCCGGAUUUGGCUGGUUCCUACAACAACAUCGGUAUGACAUAUGCCAGCAAAGGUGACUACUCAAAAGCACUCUCAUUCUUAGAAAAAGCACUUGUUAUCUUGCAAAAAACACUUCCACCUAAGCAUCCUAGUAUUAAAACGGUCACAGACGCAAUCGACUAUGUGAAAAAGAAAAUCUAA